GCCAUCGGGGCGCUGGCAGGGAUGGUUGCAAGUGCUGUUGUGUUUCCAAUCGACACGGCCAAGACAAGGAUUCAAGCAGCAGAAGGGGAGGAGAAGCUCAACACCUUUCAGACCAUAAAGAAGAUUGUGGAGGAGGAGGGCUUCUUUGCCUUGUAUAAUGGUCUCAUCCCGGUGAUGAUCGGGGCGGCCCCUGAAUCAGCCAUCCAGCUCUCCGUGUACGAGUUUGUCCUGUCCACGUUGAAACAGGUGCAACAUGUCGACAGUGCGGCCUCAGUCUCUUUCUCUGGCCAGGCGCUUGCAGGGAGCAUCGCUGGUCUAGCGACAAUCGUUGCCACCAACCCGCUCGAAGUGCUGAAGAUUCAAGCACAGAUCAGCAGGGAGAAGAAAUCAACUUUGGAUCACAUCAAAGACCUAGGACUCUCUGGUCUCUACACGGGAUAUCAGGCGACGUGGCUCAGAGACAUUCCCUUCGCAGCCAUGUACUUUCCACUUUACUCGAGUGCUAAGUCGUGCAUGAAUGGAGUUUGCACAAGUAGUCUGGGAGCAGCCAUGGUUGCCGGCUUGUUCUCAGGCAUGAUGGCUUCUUUCAUCACCACUCCCGCUGAUGUGAUCAAAACAACGGUACAAUCUGCUCCAUGUGACCGAAACUUGCCAACUUCCUCGGUGACCCCCACGAAGAUGAGCAUUGAGGCUGCUGCAAGAAAUGUAAUGCGCAGGAAGGGACUUCGUGGGUUCUUCUCGGGCGUUGAAGCUCGUCUCGGAAGGAUGGCCCCUGCCAUGUCCAUCAGCUUGUGUGUGUUUGAGGGGCUC